GGCGUCCUUGCCACCCCUGGCUUUGGUGGUGACCUCGCAUUCACUACACCCAAUGCGGACCACAUCCCAGUCUUUGCGGUGGCCUUAAGUGAGAUCAUUGCAGGUUCCGACGGCCUUUGGGGUCUCCACGAAUACUCUCGCCGUCCACAGCUCUACAACGCCGAAACCAGAUGGCUGGCCUUCAUCCCUACGCCACUCCAUGGAUUUCUACGUGAAGAGGCCGACUACGAGGUGUUAUGGCAACACUUUGAACCCUCAGACUGGUCACUCGUAUCCGCGCGGUGGGCACAAACUGGCCUUCUCAAAGACGGCCUCGUUUAUAAACUCUAUGCUGCCUUCACGGUGGUCUGGACAGACUUCAUGGUCACCAAAAUUCCGUGCGACACCCCCUACUGGGACCAACUGCGCUGCACCGUCAUCCGUGCUAUAGACCGCCUCCGCCUUCAUCCAGGGCAGCAGCCCGUUGUCCUGGCAGUAGCGGCCCACGUCCAACGCCUCUGCCUAGAGAUACUUGGGAGGGUUGUUCAGGAGAUCUGGGGCUGUGGUCGGGAGGGGUUCCCAACGGAGGACUUCAGAGAUCAAGUCCUUCCUGUGGUUGGAGCCUACACCAAUGACGCCACAGAGGCAGGGAACCUGCACACCAUUGGCAUCCCUGUCUGGCUGCAGCAAGAGGUCACUAGCAAGCUUAGAGUCUGGGAGGUUGUCCUGCCGACCGCGCUCCCCUUCUUUUGGUCAACAACUCCAGGCUUUCCCCGCUUGGUGCUAGCCACACCUGACCUCUCUGGCGCUCUGAACACCAAUUUGCAGUGGAAGGCGGCUAUGGAGGAGCAGGCCCGCCAACAGCUCCUAUCACUACGACUCACAGAUAUGGAAGGGGCACCCUCCUCUUGCUCGACCACGGCAGACCUUUCCACCCGCGAGAACGCUCUAGCUCUCCCUCACACCCUGCAGCAGUCAGGGCCUCGACCCUUCAAUCGGAAGGCCUUCACAAAGCCCCCGGCAGCUGAUAAGAGCACGUGGAAGCCACCCCCAACUCGCAAGUUCUACUGCAGUCUCACAGUCCAAAUGUCCCCCAGCUGGAUGGCUGUUUUAGAUGCCCACCAGAUGGUUGGCCAGCCGUCAGUCGCCUCCACUUGGUUCUUUCCCCCACCUACACUAGUGGACACCCUAGCUGGAGAAGGGGUCAGCCCUUCGACUGAGAAGCAGGCCCAUAUGCUGCUACAGUACCUCGUUGUCCGCGACUUCUGCAGGUCACGGAUCUUCAACUGCGACAAGAGCAUCAGUCGUCCCUUGGCCAAGGAAGAGUGGCGAGAUGUGUUGCAUGGGUCGUACGACACGGUGCUCAGCAAGGAGGAGCCUCAGGUGCCCUUGGAGAAGACGUCGAAGAAGCAGAGGCGGGCGAUGAAGAGGGUUCACACACGGGAGGAGGCUGUUCGUACCUUUGCAAUUCUUGGUGGCCAGCCCUCUUUCAAGCAGGACGCUAGGCCAGUCUUCCAAGGGCGCCGCGUAACCCUUGACAUGCUGAAGACACAUCGUGGCAUCCGUUUUGAGAUCCUAUGGGAGAUUUACGAGACCAAUUGGCGGUGCGAGCUGCUCGCCUUGGACUCCUAUCUUCUGAAGUCCUCAGAGUGGCCGACGGUUGAACAGUGGACUCGAGAGGCGGUGAUAUCCCGAGUAUGGGGCUCUGAUAGCACCUCAGGUCUCAACCUGCUGCCCUCCUCUCGUGCAGAGGGCAUGUGGUCGAUGUGGGAGGACACGGAACAUGAUGUGGAUGGGCUGAUCACCUUCAUAACGGUGGUGUCACGGUGGCCCAAAUGCCCAUCAACGCUGGUAGGCCCUACCGCCUCUACUCUAAAAAGGCGCAAGACGUUCUUCGAGGUUCGAAAGGCUGCGAUCAAGUUUUAUGUGGAAAGCUUUGUGGAUGCUUUUGGCCGCCUCCCCACUCCUCCUGUUCUCUCAGUGCGCUAG